AUGAUAAAAAGAUAUUUGGUAGAACCAUUUUUUCAGUUGAAAUCUUUAAAUAUUUGUCAUUUAUACAAAAUAAAGAUGGAUAAUUUUAAUGAUUUAAAACGAUCGUCAAUCGAAGAGUUAUCUUUUGAUUAUGCUCAUAUUGAUGUUUUUUGCUACUUACCAUCAAGUUUAAAGCGUCUGACAAUUAAAUCACUGUAUGGCGCAAUAACAGAAACACCAUUAUGUCUUCCAAAAUUAACAAAUUUAACCAUAAAAGUUGAUCGUGCAUCUACUGUGGAUGUUGAAUGGAUAAUUAAAAAGAUUGGUCAGAGUCUUCACCAUUGUUCAGUAAACUCAUUAGGUUAAACUUACGCGUAUUUGCAAUGGGAGUGUAAUUAGUUCCAUUUUCGAAUGAAAAGAUAUUUGGAUUAUGUUGUGGACAUAUUGUUGACAGAAAUAAACUUUUAACUGAAAGUGUGCCCAAGAGCGUAAAAACGGGUAAAAAUACGGAGUCUGAAAAUUACAAAAACGGCGAAAUUUCGAAUUGGUUGGGUCCGCAUCUUAUCUGCCACGGGGUGACGGAGUCUGAACGGUUCAUAAAUGCGAGUACCCAGUAUAACUACCCGUUCUACAUCAAAGGAAUACGAGGGUAUGAAAAGUGCUUUCUUAUGCAUAUACGACCUGUAUGACCACUCGUUCUCCAGUGCAAGAGUAUGGAAAGUACUUUUAGCCGUUCACUUACGCCCG